AUGGGUUUUACCGUACAAUCAAUCAUGGCAGCUUCUGCUGCAUUACGCGUACCCUACUAUCGGUUACGGUCUCGUAUUCAAGGCAAUCAUCCAAAGGCUACCAAUGGAGGCAACCGUACACUUCUUUCACCGGAAGAAGAGAAGGAGGUACUAUGCUGGGCGCAUCGCCGCAUCACACAAGGCCACCACAUCCAGCAACGCUCCUUACAACAACAUGCCAACGCGAUACUCAAAGCUACGGGCCGAGGUAAUACUACAGCUAGUGGGUCAUGGGCUCGACGAUUUAUAAAACGCUACAAACAAUAUUUCCAUCGUCGAAGGCAGUUGCCCGAGACGCAAAGCGUAAAGUCAUGCAAGACCGUGAAGUCCUCUCUCGAUUCUACCAAGACUGGAAUAGGCUUUAUGGUGGGACUCUCGGGAUACGGUCUCGAUUACUGCUAUAGAGUCAAUCUCCGCGACCGGCAGCAGUAUCCUCCUUUCCUCAUCCUUCCAGGGCACAGAUCCCGCCCAAAGGGCUACGUCAACGAUAUCCUUGCCCUCGAAUUCAUCGACCACUUCGAGCGUCACACCCGGCCCCAAGUCCCCGAAGAGGAGCGCCUUGUCUUAAUGGACGGCUGCGAGAACCACUUUACAUACGAAUUGGUGCAUUUUUGCUACCAACACAAUAUACAGCUGUUCCCGUUACCGCCUCAUGUGACUCACCUACUCCAGCCGCUUGACGUUGGGGUCUUUGGUCCCUACAAGCACUGGCAUCAACAAGUGCUAUAUCGUGAGAUUGCAAACGGAGCUACUAACUUCAACAAGACCGACUUCCUUUUCCAUCUUCAAGAGAUGCGUAACCGAACCUUUAAGCGGCCUACGAUCCUAUCAGCCUGGGAGAAAUCUGGUCUCUUUCCAUUCAACCCAAGCGUCGUCCUCGACCAGUUGCAAGAUGCGUUAUCCUCAUUAACCGACUCUGUCCGCGAACGAGAACUCCCUGGGUUCGUUGAGGAAGGCACGCCAAUAGAUGACGAUAGUAGUAACGAGGAUGCAUUCGAAAAUAUGCGCUCUACACCACAGACGCCAACUUCUCGAUCGAUCGAAGCGGUUCCAGGCGGUAGAGGGCCAGCAACGCCCGUUACAGUCCAUCGUAUUGACUGGAAGACCCUCAAAACACCACGGCUAAAUCUUCACGACAUCCACAAAUGCCAUGAAUUCAUCAGACUACGGAUAGACCUCUCUAUUGCAUCAGGUACGCCUAUUACGCCGUCAGUUGCACACGUACAGGGAAAAGUACGUAAAGCAGCGCACACCCUCGCACUCAAUGGUAUCACCGCCACGGAUGAGAUGAGGCGUCUCAAAGAGAAUCAGCUUAGACGAUCGAAACUAGCAGAAGGGACAUCGAUUGCGGCAAAGGAAGUCCGUGAAGAGGCUGCGUUUUUGCGCCGCUGGGUUAGGCAGGUUAAGGGUACCUGCCGAGAUAGUAUCUCGAAGUCAUCAAACAAGCAGCUACGGCUCCUUGGCCGCGACAAACGAGGUCUUCGAAGCUACAUGGAUAGUAUCGAGUCGAUAUGUUACCAAUACGCCGCUUUCCGUGCCCUUGGCGAUCCAGAUCGAUCGACUGACUGUCCUUUCGCUUGGAUAUGGUACAAUGACAUUACGUACAAUCGAAGCAGCGUUCUUACUUGGCCCAAAGACUACGAUCGCGAGGUCGUACAGAAAGCCGUUGAAUUGGUUAUCUUAGAGACCCAAGAGAGGUCUACAGCACGAAGGGCGCUUACGUUUGAAGUUGACGGAAUUGAGAUUACUGAAGAGAUCGUUAUUGACGGGCUAACCGAGGAAUUUGAAGCUAUUAUAAAGGAGGAAUAG